GUUCCGGCUCCGUGUGUGAGCAGCUGGAAUCAGGGGAGACGUUUCUGUUCGGGUUCUUUGAUUCUAUGCUCUGUGAAAAAUGUCCAAAUCCCAGCAGCUCAAAUGUUCCGUCAGACGGCCGCUGCUCACGGCGGCUCGCCGGCAGCUGAUCGUCCGUCUGGAGAGGUCCAUACCGGGAUACGAGCAGCGGGUCGACCGGCAAACGGAACUCCUGGAUCUGGUUUCAAAGCCCGACGUGCUGCGGAGAACAGACAUCCGGCAGCUGUUGGUGAAUAAAGGAGACGUUUCUACUGAGCAGCAGGACCGGGAGGAUCCACACAAUAAAGAGGAGCAGAUGGGACUGUGCCCAGUUCAAAGACCAACAGAAGGCAAUGGAGAGGACUGUGGAGGAUCAGAUUCAGACUUUCCUGAACUUGACGGUGAUGACAGCGACAAAGACUGGAACCCUUUGGAUUCACACAAGACAAUAAGUACAGUAGGAGAAAAGUUCAGCUGUUCUCUGUGUAGUAAAAGGUUUGCUAAAAGACAAAGUCUGCAAUACCACUUAAAAACUCACAGGGGAGUGAAACCAUUCAGCUGCUCAGUUUGUAAUAAAAGAUUCAUGCAGAAAGGGAACUUAAAGUAUCACAUGAUUGUGCACUCAGGAGAGAGACCAUACAGUUGCAGUGUCUGCAGCAGAACUUUCCGGUGGCCGGCCCAGGUCAAAGCCCACAAGUGCAAGUUAUCUGAGCAGCACAGGAAACAACCCAAGAAACCACUGAGUUGCUCCAAAUGUGCUGAAACAUUUCCAGACAGGUUGCUGCUGAGAGCCCACAAGAAGAUCCAUCAGGAGAAGAACCUACUGAGCUGUUCAGUGUGUGGUGUUCAAGUUCGAUUUAGAUCCCAGCUGCAGAUUCACAUGAGGAAACAUACUGGGGAGAAACCGUACAGCUGCAGCAUAUGUGGGAAAAGAUUCUCACAAAUUGGAAUCACCAAGCAGCACAUGUUGGUGCAUGCAAAGGAGAAACCAUUCAGUUGUACAGAUUGUGGGAAAAGAUUUUCUUGGCAUUUUCAGAUCAAAAGGCACAAGUGUGGUACCAGGUUCUGGCAGUACAGUGGAUCUGAAGCACUCUGGAGCCUGGAUCCAGAUCAACGUUUGAAACUAGGAACAUAUAAAAAGACUAACGCAGAGACCGAAACUGCUGACAGUGACAGUGAUUUCUGGAAAGAGACUAGAAAACAUCAGUUAGGUUUCACAUACCAGAGAAAUAAAAAACUUUCUGAGAGUGAUAGACAAUCUGAUACAGACAAGAAAGUACAAUGCUGUCCUGAUGUUGAGACUCAACCUAAAAAUGAGGACAGUGAUGUUUUCAGUCAGAGCAGAUGUCUGCAGAGAAACUGUGAGACACAUGAAAACUCUGGGAGUCAUUCUGACAGGACACUGUUGAACUCUGAGAGUCAAAGAGAACCUGAAGACAGAGACACUCAACUGACACACCCGAGACAGUCGACCGCAGAGAAACCGUUCAGCUGCUCACUCUGUGGGAAAGGAUUUGCUACAGGAGGAUGUCUGACACGACACACAUCAAUCCACACCGGAGAGAAACUACUCAGCUGCUUCAUCUGUGAGAAAACCUUCAAUGAGGAGUCAGAGCUGAUCAGCCAUGAGUGUGUUGGUAAGACCUUACAGCGUCAUCAAACUGAGGAACAGAUAACUGCCAACAAAACAUUCAGCUGCUCAGUGUGCCCUGAAAGGUUCAGCAGACGUGAAGAUUUCAGUUUUCACUUCAGACGUCACCCGAGGUGUUCUGUGUGUAACGCUGGUUUUAGUGACAGAGACUCACUGGUUCAGCACAUGAGAAGCCACACGAGUCAGACACAGUUUCUCUGCUCAGUCUGUGGGAAAGACUUUGCGUGGAGAAGACAUCUGACCAAGCACAUGGAAGAUCAUGCAAAGAAGAAACUGUACCACUGUGGCAUUUGUGGCAGGAAAUUCACCUGCCCAAAGAAACUCAGUCACCAUUGGUGUGUUCGACGCUCAUCACAGCUUCUUCUCAGCAGCUCAGCUGAACACAUGGAGGCUGAUGGAGAGGACUGUGGAGAACCAGAACCAGAACCAUAUUUACAGGCAGAGACUGAAGACAAGGCUGCAGAGUCUUCCGACCCCGACACUGAUGACAGCGACUGUUGGAAAGAAAACAGAAGAGCUCAGUAUACCUCUGAGAAACAUCACGAAGUCCCUGAGAGCGACACAACACUGUACAGAAAGACUUUCAUACAACAGCUUCCAUACGGAGAAGAUCUGAGCCAACACAUGGUGUUCCAUUCAGAGUUACAGAGGGAGGAGAAGCAGAAAGAUAUUCAAGAGGAGCAGGAAGAGCCAGAGCUCACAGCUAUUAAAGAGGAGCAGGAGGACACUGCUAUCACCAAGUUCAUCUUCAGUUCCCUCCAAAUAAAGACAGAAGAAGAUGAAGAGAAACCUCAGUCCUCACAGCUCCAUCAGAGAGACUCUGUGAGAGAACCAGAACCAGACCUGCAUCCAGACUCAGAUGUUGGAGGAGUGUAUUUUAAAAGUGAUGACAGUGUUGACAGUGAUUUCUGGAAAGACACCAGGCAGCGUCAGUCAGGAAAUGAUUCUGACAGAAACCUGUUCAGUUCAUCUGAAGAGACGAAUCUGCAGCCAGAGAGUGACGACAGUACUGACAGUGACUUCUGGAAGUCUCACUCAGGUUCAAACUCUCUACAACAUGAUGGAAUCUCUGACAGAGAAGUGAAAGAUGAUGCCAAGAGGAAACCAUACAGCUGCACUGAGUGCAGUAAAACAUUUCAUUACAUUUUCCACAUGAAGACUCACAUGAAGCUGCACACAGAGGAGAGGCCAUUCUUCUGCUCCAUCUGCGGUCAGAAAUGUCUUUACAAGUCCCACCUGAAGAUCCACAUGAGGACUCACACUGGGGAGAAACCCUUUGUCUGUCCCAUCUGUGGUAAAAAAUAUGCACACAAAGCCAGCAUGCAGUCACACAUGUCUGAACAUGCCAAACAUUACAGCUGCAGUGUGUGUGAACGAAGCUUUGCGUGGUACACGGAGCUGAAAUACCAUCAGUGUGCUGGAGAAUCAUCACACAGACAAACCUACAGGAGACAAACCAUGUAGUUGUGGGUCAGCUGCUUUAUUACGAAUCCAUGUGACUGAGCGGUUGUUGUAGCUCCUCUGUCAGAACUGUCACACUAAAGUCCUGAAACAACAAGAAAAUGUGUGAGUUUAUUACAUUAAACAAAGUAGUUUAAAGGACUGAUUGAACUGACUCUCAAUUGUUAUUUAAGUUUUCUGUCCAGAAGAAGUUACUCUGCAGGUGAGAGAUUAAAGCAGGAUAUUCUGAGUCUGGCUACAUAGAACAUCUCCCACCUGAAUGCUGGUGAGGGUUAUCCAACCCGUGCCGUUAAGCAGUCUGGUAUCUCCGCUGAACAGCCCGAUCCUGUUUCUGCUGACGUGUUUCAUGUUGAACACUGGUAUUGAUCGUCCUAAUGGCGGCACUCGUGGAGGAUUCCGGUUCUUCCUGUUGCUGCCACUGUAGUGGACGAGGACACUAAAACUUUGUGUGGAGCACUUUACCUGUUUUCUUUUCACACCUGGACCUGGUGUUCAUCAUAAGUUGUGUCUCUGAGUCACUCAGGUGUUUCUCCAGGUUACGUCUGUGUGUGUGAAUGUAAAGUUGUCGCUGUAGCUACAAAAAUCAUUUUGAUGGAUUCAUGUUUGAAGAGUUUUAAAACUGAACAAUAAUGUUUUUUUCAGUCGUCAUAUCAAAGCUGAAUCUUACUAAUUUAGUUUUCCCUGUAAACCAUGAAGCUCAAAUUUGA